CCUACGGGUUUCACAGUUGAGCAGAUAAAAAAGGGUACGCUCUCUUUCUCUCUCUCUCUCUUCCUCAUUUGGAUCCCCAAAUCUAGGGUUCUAUAAAUCAGGAUUUGCAAGAUGGAGAGCAUCCAAAGCUUUUGGCAAUUGGGUGAUGAGCUCCGAGGACAAUCAAAAGUCUCAGAGGAUCAUAAGUGGUUAAUGGCUGCCUCGAAAUUGGCUGAGCAGACAAGGUCAAAGGGGGAACGCAUGAAUAAUCUUGAUCUUUCAAAAGGUCUGUCAGAAUUAAGGCCAAGGGAGAAGAUUGGGUUUCAGGAAGAUAAUAAAUUUGAAAGCCUUAACUUUAAUAUGUUGAACUUGGAAUCUAAGAUGGCUGAAAAUGUGGGCAAAGGUUCUUUCAGAAGUGGAGUUUACAAUAUGAAUGCAGUGUACCAGAAAACCAACUUAAAUGGUAUUGGAAAUCUUACUGGUAGCAAGUAUAGCGGUAACAAUCAGAAUACCAAAGACCCCAACAACAACAGCAAUAACAACAUUAACAACAUUGAGAACAGUGCAAAUAAUGCUGUUGACAAAAGGUUCAAGACUCUGCCUGCAACAGAGACGCUUCCACGGAAUGAGGUUCUUGGAGGAUACAUCUUUGUCUGUAACAAUGACACUAUGCAGGAAGAUUUGAAGCGCCAGCUAUUUGGUUUACCUCCAAGAUAUAGAGAUUCUGUUCGGGCAAUAACACCUGGCUUACCUCUCUUUCUUUACAACUACACAACUCACCAGUUGCAUGGUAUAUUUGAGGCAGCUAGUUUUGGGGGUUCUAACAUUGAUCCUACUGCUUGGGAAGACAAAAAAUGUAAAGGCGAGUCGAGGUUUCCUGCUCAGGUGAGGAUCCGUGUUAGAAAGCUCUGCAAGGCAUUGGAAGAGGAUGCUUUUAGGCCAGUGUUGCACCAUUAUGAUGGCCCAAAGUUCCGUCUUGAGCUCUCAGUUCCUGAGACCCUGGAUCUAUUGGACCUUUGUGAACAAGCAGGCUCUCCAGCUUAAGCAAAUUGCUAUCUGGAUAAUGACAAUGUUAGCUGCCUGCUUUUUCUGCAGAUUUUCCGUAGAGCGUAAGCUUGGGGUUUAUGUGUGUUGGGUGAAAUGUUAUUGAGAAAAGUAGGGAUGGAUGGCAUGUAAGCCAGCUGAAUAAAAUGCAUUUGUGUCUUGUGAAGGUACACUUUAAAAAGCCUUGGUGACAGCAUGUUCUAUAGUACCUGUUAUGUUAUAGACAGACGUCCAAGAUGUAAAAGAGAACGAUAUAGCCUAGCCUUGUGUAAUGAUCAAGUCUUCAAAAGAGGAAGGCCUUUGAUGUGUCUUUAUUUUUAUGCUUGUAAAGUGCGUGUGUGACACUUGUGUGUGUUAUGUUGAGGAUCCACGUGGAGUUAAAUUUCAAGUGUUAUUAAAUUCUUAAAUUUUACGA